UCAGGCCUUUUUGUUUGUUUUGACAGAUCAAAGGUUUUUUUUUCUAUACAAAAAUAUAGGAUCGAAGUGACACACUGCACCAUUUUUGUUUAUGAAUACAACGCACUAUAAAGUAAAAACAUAUUGUUGAUUUGUGUUUGCCGUAGGCAUUCAAAAUGACCACGGAAACUGAUUUUAGUGUGAAUAAAUUAUGGAAUUCGUUUUAUUCUGAUGUCGUUGUCUUGUCCAUAUCAGUUGUGAUAUUGCUUUUUUCAUGUAUUGUCAGUGUCCAUAUCAGUAUUUUCUUUGGCUUAGUUAUAAGUUUUUCGUUUGCGGCUGGAUGUGCGGCAGUUAUUGUUGCGUUACAGCAUAAAUCGAGCAUAUCGUAUGGCUUCCAAAAAGUUCAAAAGUACCUUGGCUUAAAACAGGAACCGAAGAGCAAGCCCAUUGACUGUGAUAUCUGUGGCAUCAUCAAAUGCAAUCGCCAUUUAACGGCUCCAGACCGAGAACCAUGGCGCAGAUUAUUUAUUACGCGUGAAUUGGAUGAUGCGGUUUCUAGUUUCUACACAAAAAUACUGAACGCAUUUGUGGAAAGUUGGUUUUCUCUUCUAUCGAAAAACGAAGAUUUCGUUACAGCUUUAAGGCACAUUCUCCGAGAAGCAACUUGUCGCCUAAUUCUUAAAAUUAAAGAUUUGGACAUUCCGAAAAUAAUAAGCAACAAGCUGUUGCCAUGCGCCUUAAACCACCAUGAAAUUGUUCAAAAAAUGUUGAAAAAUGGUGUUCCACUUGAUAAAUUGGCUGAUUCGUUCUAUGCCAAUGAAUAUCAAAUUCACCCCGCUGUUCGCAGCCGUCAAUCGGAGUUGGAUUACCUGCGAGCUGUUGCCCGAUGCUUGCUGCCUCGAUGCGUGUCCAUCAAUCAGAACCUCGAUAGUAAAGUGUUUUUCAGUUUGGGUCGUGAGUUGUUGGCUUGUUGGGUGCUUCUGCCGGUCAUGGAUGUACUGUGCUCUCCAAACUGGCUCAAUGCCAUGAUCAUCGAAGCCACCGAAAAACGCACUUUAUCCUCAUCGAAAUUAGUCGAAUCCAAGGGCGAAAAAGUGAUGUUCUUGGGAAAAUUCAUCGAUAAAACUAUUGGAGGCGGCCUAGUAAACAAAGGAGAUAAUGAGCAUCCAUCAAAUGAAGGAACAGAUUUCCUCACCGAUCAGCAUCAGCUCUAUAUGUUUAUGCAGUUCUUAAAGCGAGAGGGAGCCGUUGAUAUUCUUCGUUUCUAUUUAGACGUGGACAAUUUAAAUGCCGAAUUGAUGGACCCCAAAAUCACAACUGACCCAGCAAAACUGUCUUCACUGCAACAACAAUCGGAAACACUACUAAAAGCAUACCAAGCCAUGAUGGAGCGAGACUUCAAGCAGCCAGUAGCAACGCUUGCCGAAGCUCAAGAGGAUGUGAAAAACAGUUUGAAGAGCAAAUGGCAACGAGCAUUCCACCAAACUCCAGAAUACUUCAAAAUGGUUUACGGCAGCCGUGAAAUAUCGGACUCGGGCGAAUCUAAAGCAUCCGACGUGCAAUCGGGAACGCCAGUGUCUCGUUUUAGCUCCAAGCUGAAGGGAGCUAUACGCGGUGCAAUCGACGGCGCACCUCUUGAAGCCACCGAAGUUCCCACCGUUUGGGAUGCGUUUACCGAUGAACCACAGGCAAAUAGUUCAAAUCUGGGUGGCAAUUCAACAAUAUACACGAUGGCGAAUAAACUGAGGAAGGAACGGGGCCAAAAUUUGGACACAUUCAUUUGCACGUUUAUGCAGUCAAUCGAACAGAGUACAGACGUUGGUGAAGAUGUGAUUGAAAUGAAGGAAAUCAAACCAACGGACGUGAAACCACAUCCGCCCGGACAUAGUCUGGUUUUCGGUGAUUUGUUCGGAAUAAAAUCGUAUGGAGUCAAACAACCAAACAAAGAAGCACUGGCCGAACAAAUGCAAUGGCUUCAAGGACCAUCGGAGUGUUUGAUUUAUAUCUUGGUCAACAUUUUGAAUGUAAGCCGUUUUAUCAUCCGCUUGAUUCUGGGUCUCAUCAACAUAUCAAAAUCAACAGUUGAUGCUCUGUUAUGCAAAGGCAUAGAUAAACUGUUGCAUAUAGCCCUUUAUGAGCCCCGGCUAACACUCUUAGUUCGGACAGUCGAUGCGCGAUUAUUCGGUGACGAAAAGAAGCCAGAGCCAAGUUUUACGGAAUUACUCGAACAUCAACGACAAGCCAGAAAUCGUCUUUCAAAAAUCUCUCCAAAUUUUGCCAGCGUUGCAGACACAUUGCAGUCGCCGACACUUAACAAACAGCUUAUGUAUUCCUUAUUUGAUAUGAUAGUUGGAGAAAUAUAUCCCGAGCUGGAUAACAUGGCCAAAGUGUAAAAAAAAGUUACCAAUACCCAAAUAAACUAUAUAUAUAUAUGAAAUUUACAUUUUCAUUGUACAUUUGUAAUCGUAUGAAUCUCAAAUAAAUCAUUUUAUUGUCGUAA